CCAUUCUUUGGUUUGUCUUUGUUAGGGCAUGUUUGGCUUCUUCUUUGGUUUGGGAAUCUGUUAAAAAGGCAGAGUCUUUGAGAGAGAUGCCAAACCCUUCCCUGAUUCCCUAUCCACCUAAUGCAACGACAACACUAAGCAUUUAAAAAUAGAGUUUGGGUUAAGUUUUUUGAUUUAAUUGAAGAGGAAACUUGAGGGAAAGUAAAGACAAAGGUUGAGAAAAAGAUAAAGGCUUUACUCAGAAAAUUCCAUAUUCCACUGAAAGAGGGAACGACAACAAAUCAUUAAAGGACAAAGCUUUCCUUCACGCAUUGUCGACAACCUUGCCAUGAGAUGAGCAACGCCCCCAUCGCUUAGCUAAUACCAUUCUCCUUUCUUUCCUCCCCCCCCCCCCCUCCCCCUCUGCCUUCCAGAAGUAUUCAGAGUCUGCCUUCGAACCCUCUUUUGACUCCAUUUAAAACCCAGAAAAGAAAAGCUCUUUCUUCACACUUCGCUUGAAUUACAGAUUCCAAUCUUGGGAAUUUUUAUGUGCUUUCUUUUGGGUUUUUGAUCAGUUGCAAAACCCAGUAAGGAUUCCGCUCAACCCUUCUUCUUCUGUAAUAUAUACAUACAUAUAUAUUCAUUUGGUGUUACUUUCAUGUACUUGUCUUUGGGAAGAACUCAUCUUUCAUUGUUUUUUUUCCAAAAGACUAUUUGGGGUUGUCUUGCUUCUUAAUUUUUUUUGUUAGAUCCUAAAGGAUAUUUGGUCUGACGCAUUUAUCAGACUUCUAAAUUUUCAGGUAACCUAUAGAUUACUCCAAAUCUGGGUUUGUUUUGGUUAAAUUUGUGAAGUUUAACCAUCUUUUGGUAAUUCUAGUUCAUGCUAAAUUUCGAUCUUGCAUGAAACUUUGUUACUUUACUCUUUAGUAAAAAGAGACCAAAAGGUUGUGCCAAUGUUCCAAGACGAAUCAUCGUCUGUAACAUCAUCAUCAUCACCUCUCCAAGUUUUCUCCAUGAUGUCACUCUCACCAAACUUAGGAUCACCCUAUCCUUGGCUUAGAGAGUUAAAAUCAGAAGAACGGGGGUUGUAUUUGAUCCAUUUACUGCUCACUUGUGCUAAUCAUGUAGCAAAUGGUAGCCUUGAAAAUGCUAAUAUUGCACUUGAGCAAAUAUCCCAACUCGCAUCCCCCGAUGGUGAUACUAUGCAGAGAAUGGCUGCAUAUUUUACUGAGGCCCUUGCUGAUAGAAUCCUCAAAGCCUGGCCUGGUCUUCAUAAGGCCCUCAAUUCCACCAGGAUUACUUUGCUUUCUGAAGAAAUCCUUGUUCGGAAACUGUUUUUCGAGUUGUUCCCCUUCUUGAAGGUGGCCUUUGUUCUUACAAACCAAGCCAUAAUCGAAGCCAUGGAAGGCGAAAAGAUGGUUCAUAUAAUAGAUCUCAAUGCAGCUGAACCUGCGCAGUGGGUUGCACUUAUUCAAGCUUUGAGUGCAAGGCCUGAAGGGCCGCCUCAUUUGAGGAUUACUGGCAUUCAUCAACAGAAAGAAGUGUUGGAUCAAAUGGCUCAUAGAUUGAUUGAAGAAGCUGAAAAAUUGGACAUCCCCUUUCAGUUCAAUCCGGUUGUUUGCAAAUUAGAGAAUCUCGAUGUUGAUAAAUUGCGUGUUAAAACUGGGGAGGCAUUGGCAAUCAGUUCUGUUCUCCAACUGCAUUCAUUUUUGACUUCUGAUGAUGAACUUCUUCGGAAGAAAUCGCCACUGGGAUCGAAGAAUUUGAAUGGAAUUCACUUGCAAAGAGCCCUGCAGAUGAACCAGAGCACUUUAGGAGAGUUGCUUGAAAAAGAUAUGGUUAAUGGAUACAGCCCUAGCCCGGAUUCGGCCUCAUCAUCACCGCUAUCUUCAACUGGAUCAGUGAAGGUAGAUAGCUUCCUUAAUGCAUUGUGGGGUUUGUCACCGAAACUGAUGGUGGUAACAGAACAAGAUUCUAAUCAUAAUGGAUCUACUCUAAUGGAGAGACUAUUGGAAUCUCUUCACUCUUAUGCAGCAUUGUUCGAUUGUUCAGAGUCCACGGUCUCGAGAACAUCUUUGGAGAGACUUAAGGUGGAAAAGAUGCUGUUCGGAGAGGAAAUAAAGAACAUAAUAGCUUGUGAGGGAGCUGAGAGGAAGGAGAGACAUGAAAAGCUUGAGAAGUGGAUACAAAGGCUCGAUUUGGCUGGUUUCGGGACUGUUCCUUUGAGUUACUAUGGGAUGCUGCACGCAAGGAGAUUGUUGCAGGGCUAUAACUGUGAUGGGUAUAAAAUGAAGGAAGAGAAUGGCUGCAUCGUAAUUUGCUGGCAAGAUCGACCGCUGUUUUCAGUAUCGGCUUGGAGGUGUAGGAAGUAAAUUAUGGAAAAACAUGUAGUUUCAGCCCUGGUAUGGUAUCUGAGUUGGGUUUUUUUUUUUUUUCCUUUCAUUUUUAGCAAAUGAAAUCGAAGAAGGAUUUUGUCAUGUAAAGGAACUCAAAUUACUGAUAUUUGGGUUGUACUGGUUAAAAGUUUUUAAGUGCAAUGUACAGUUGUUUAUUUGGCUCUCUCUAAAUGUUGGAAAUGAAAUAUUGAUGAGAGAUCAGAUCAUACAAAUUAAAACAA